UCGUCGUAGUCGUACUUUUCGUCGUAGAAGGAUACACCGUCUGACUGAUCCUGAGUGAAGUUUGCUUUCUCCUGGUGCAAUCCCAGCUUGCUUUUCUCGUGGUAUAAAGUUGGGAGCUGGGCGCAUUUGACUCAUACAUACGCGAACCACCAGUUGACACUUGCUCCCUGCGAUGUGCUGAUUUUUCCGGGUAUUGUAAUAAAAUAAAAUUGCCCUGGAUUUUGAGAGAUUAGGUUGCAAGGAAAGACACGCGUUUCCAAACAACUUUCUCCUUGGUCAAUUGCAACAAGCGAAAGAAUAAAAAGAACCCCAGCCAAGCUAUUUCGAUUUGUGACCUAAUCUGACGACCUUCCAUCCAUUACAUUACAUUAGUUUCUUCCUUUGGCAGUCGACACGGAGCCCAGAUUCACCUAUAAAUAACAAUUCCGCAACAAUUAGCUCCCAACGGGUGGUUUGGUAAAACAUCAAGAAUGACCAUAGCAGGCUGGACACGGAAACCAGAAACCAUUGCACCGCCAACAACGUCAUGUUGGGAGCAAAAUAGCUCAAAGCCAUCCACCGAGUCAAAAAGACGAGCUGCGGGAUCCGUGGGCGUGGGAGGCGGCAGACUUAUCAUCGCCAUGCUAUUCGACAAAUAUAAAAUAUUUUGCAUGCUUCAUUUAACGAUGCUGCUGUUGGCUCCUCUCGUGGCGUCAACGGAAUUAAACCCAACGAUAACUUCUGACCCUAAAACAAGGACACAAAGCCAUGAACAGGAAAUAAGUAUUGAGAAAGAAGAUGACCUGGAAGUAUAUCAUCACGAGCAAAACUUGGAAACAGGGGAACUAUUGAACAUGAGGAUGCUUCGAUCCCAAGACGAGCAAAGGAAUGAUCAAUUAAAUUCCGCCAGUCGUCAGUAUAAUCGGCUAAGUAGAGCGCUUGAACGGAUGCAUUUUGGUCCACUUCUGAGGUUGAGGCCAAUCAGCAAUAGAGCAGCCACUGUCUCAUGGAAGUUCGCCAUACCUAACCCACAUCCUCCUCCUCGGCAGAAAAAAGCAUUGAGCUUCUUCUCACGGUUUUAUCCCAUUUUGCAGCACGGCAGCAGCGGUGGUGGUGGGGACGGAAGUGGAGAUUCCUUGAUGAACGGCGACUACACGGCCCGACGACGCGUUUCGUACGCCUCCUCUGGAGAAAGUUUCCCCCUGGGCUCCCGUUUCUCCAGACCCAUAAUGAGACUUCGGUGGGGAAAGUAAAUUCUCAGAGAUAAAACACAGCAGCAGUAAAUUAGUACUUAAUUGGCCUUCCCACUUACCUACGUAAAUAGGUAGGUACAGCCCAUUACCUCCUCAUUCUUCCCUUCCAAUUGUCUGAUCUAAUUUACCCUCAGCUCUCUACCCCACGAAAUAUAUCUCCUGUACAUUACUUGACUUACACUAACAGCUCCCACUCAGAAAUUACACUCGGGUGGCUGGACUUAUGAGUGGGAAGGUCAUAAAUAAUCUUAUUCUGCAUACGUGAAGCCAUCCAAUUCCAGGUUUUGUUUUGAAUAGAAAUCUCAUUUACGUCGUUUCCGAGAGGAGUGGAUUAAAUUAUUGGCAGUUCUGGGCCAGUUGAGCUAAUUAAUGACUUAAUUGAUGUUGUACACGUUAUGUGCUCGAGGAUUAAUUACAGAAAUCUAUUUGUGUCACAUGCUAUGUGAUUAAAGUGUCAAACACGAGUACAUGUACAUUUAUAGGGACUAAAUAAUCCUGAGCAUGAUCGUAUGGUUUAGGUUUAUCUUAGAAUUGAACCGUCCUCUGGGAAUGAAAAUUCGACGAAAGACAAUUUUACAACAAACACUCAGUUGUAGAAUUUUUAAUUUUGCACAAUUCUUAUUAGUGUAAAUAAAAUAGUUUACAGUUUUGUUCACAUUCUGAUAAUCUAAUUUUUUGAAUUUUUUGAAGAAUUUUUUGAAGAAUAUUCGGAUGUCAGUCUUAAAUUAUGACUCUUAAUAGCCGAUACAUAUUGUACGUACCUACUAUGAAAUACCUUUCAUUGAUACGAACUCGGGAAUUAGACAGGAUUUAGUUAAAGCAUGACCUAUUUCUCAGUUAUGUACAUAAUAUUUAAACAUGCAGAGCAAACUAACUAUUGUGCGGUCAGCCCAUUUUGGUAUUACCUGAAAAAUCCUGAUUAUGGUCCCCAUAAAUAUUCUGAGAGAAUUAUCCAACAUUUAUAAUUUUUUCUGUAUUCAGUAUCCAGCAGGGGUCAGGGAUAACACAAUUUAAAAUUUGAAGAGUCAGCUCGACUCUCCUGAUUUACACCAACGUGUAACUACAUUACUGAGCACUCAAAGCUUUCAAGUAGAUAAAAUAUGCCCUUAAUCAUGACCUGUCGUGGAGCAGUCGAUGAUAUUUUAAAAUUCUAAAUUGCAUAACCAUAAUUUGCAAAUGAGACACCUCAAUGAACUGACCACAGUCGUUUUUCUCUACAUAUGCAUGUACCCUAAAAUUAGAAAUAGUAUAAAUUGUAAUUAUCAGGUCAAAUCUGUUAGUAAUGGAAAAUUGCACUUAUGUAAAUACACACCAUGUAUAGUAUAACUACAUAUAUUUAUAAAUAACUCCAUGCGAAACUGACAACGAGUAGGAUUAGCAGUAGCUAAAUUUUAGCACCUCAUCCUCAGUUGCAUAUGUAUGCUAAUAAAGUAGAACCAAAAUAUAUUAUCAAAUCGUUUGUGAUUUUAGUCUAAAAUGAUUUAUUUUGUGCUUUAAAUCACAAAAACUUAUCAAAAUAGAAUCCAAUAAAUGAAUCAGACAUUGAAUUCCGUAUGUAAUAUGCCGUAUGUAGGUUACGAUAAGCACGAAUAUAUGUAAUUACGGCCAAAAUGCAAUGGGGAAUUAAAGAAAUGUCAACAAA